AAGAAACAAAACACCACUCCAAAAGUCCCCAGUAGAAAGCUCGACAGAGCUAAACCAAGAAAACAAAGCCAAGAAAUAGAUUAUCUUCUGUAAACCAAAAAAUGGGAGAGACAGUGAAAGAAGUCAAGCCUGCGGCUAGAUCCCUCCCUCGCAACAACUGAGUCGCACCGUCCUGGGCCCUCGCCUAGCAUAAUCUCCGCCGCAGCGAUUGUCUUUCAGAACAACUUCAGCCUUCUCUUUAGCAGAUGAAUAAAUGGGGCGUUACUCGCUUGGCCCACCAGCUGUUCGAUGAAAUUCCUCAAUGACAAUAAUUUAAAAUGGAAUGAACACAACACAACACAACGUCCCACAUUCUUAUCCCUCACCUGCUGCUAUUGCUGGAAAGUCCCGUAAGUUCGAUUUCUGGAAAUGGGUUGCUUUCUCUUGACCGUUGGCUCGAAUCCAAUUUCAUUACGUGGGAAUUUUGUGGUGUAUAGUAGAGUGACUUUGAUGGCACAGGAACAUUCUAGGACAAGGAGAAAAAUCCCCAACAACCUUCGUUAUCCGCGGCGUGGUAAGCUUCCUCCGGAUUUGGGAGCCAAUUUAUUCUUGAAGAAUACAACAAAUACUACAAAGGAAUCAUAUCAACCAGGUAUAAUGAUAAACGAUGAAGAAGAGGAUCAAGAACAAGAUGAAAAUGAUGAUGAUGACGAUAUUGUUUGGGAGAGUGACGAAAUCGAAGCGAUUGCAUCACUUUUCCGAGGGAGGAUACCACAAAAGCCAGGGAAGUUGAAUAGAGAGAGGCCACUCCCACUCCCACUUCCCUACAAGAUUAGACCUUUGAGACUUCCUAUGCCGAAGAAACGUACGAAAAUGGCUUCCCCAGUGUUGUUUUCCUCGCGUGAGCCUCUAUCCAAGAAGGUGUACAAGAGUCCUGGUGUUCUAACUGGUCUAGCCAGAGAGAUCAAAAGCCUUCCAGAAGAGGAAGAUGUGUCCUCAGUUCUUGACAAGUGGGGGCAGUUUUUGCGCAAGGGGUCUCUGUCGAUGACAAUCCGGGAAUUGGGUCAUAUGGGCCUUCCUGAAAGAGCUCUUCAGGCCUUUUGUUGGGCUCGGAAACAGCCUCAUCUUUUCCCGGACGACCGGGUUUUGGCUUCGACUGUCGAGGUGCUGGCGAGGAACCAUGCACUGAAAAUGCCAUUAGACUUGGAGAGGUUUGUUGGGCUGGCAAGCCGAGGUGUAAUCGAGGCUAUGGUGAGAGGGUUCACCAAAGGAGGAAGCUUGCAUCUUGCCUUGAUGCUUCUAUCAAAAGCCAAAAAAGGCAAUAGAAUCUUGGAUCCUAGUGUAUAUGCUAAAGUAUUAUUAGAGCUUGCAAAGAACCCUGAUAAACACAUUCUUGCGGCGGCUUUAUUGGACGAGCUUGGAGACAGAGAUGACUUGAAUUUAAGCCCGCAGGAUUGUACAGCGAUAAUGAAAGUGUGCAUUAAGCUUGGAAAAUUCGAAACUGUGGAGGCUCUCUAUAAAUGGUUUAGACAGUCUGGUCAUGACCCUAGUGUUGUUAUGUAUACAACUCUGAUACAUAGCCGCUAUAUGGCAAAAAAGCAUAGGGAGGCGUUGGCUGUGGUUUGGGAAAUGGAGGGUUCAAACUGUCUCUUCGAUCUGCCUGCUUACCGUGUGGUGAUAAGGCUUUUCGUCGCUUUGAAUGACCUCUCGAGGGCUUCAAGAUACUUUUCGAGGCUAAAGGAAUCCGGGUUCUCACCGACAUAUGACAUUUACAGGGAUGUGAUUGAACUUUACAUGGUUUCUGGGAGGCUGGCUAAGUGCAGGGAUGUUUGCAAGGAGGCAGAGAUGGCGGGAUUCAAGUUAGAUAAGCAAAUAGUGUCUCAGUUGUUGCAAUUAGGAGAAAGAUAUUCGAAGUAACAAUUUUACUAUUGUAAGUAAACACUUAUCCGUUCAUGAUUAUGACGGGUGUCAGUAUCGAAGACUUAUAUUUAGGAAUUUUAAGGGGUUCAUGACCCUUGAAGCUUGAGCAAUUAUAUUUCAUGGGUGUGCUUCAAGAAGCUUUACUAUAUAUUGAA